ACGGACCCAGACUGACGAUGCGCACAGUGACACUCUAGAUUUUCUUUUUUCUUUCUCUUUGGAGGGUGCAAUGUGAAGUUGCGACUUGACACCCGCCGCUGCCCUGUUGUUGGAUGAAUUUACCCGUAGUUGAAACACAUUCAAGACCCUUCAGCAUCAAGCCAAGCAGCAACAACAGCAGCAGAUGCGCCGGAGAGCAGCAAUGGUCAAGUCAGCGAGAACCGCAGUGGAGCCGCACUGAGGCAGCGCAGCCAACCAGCCUCCUCACAUCUGGGGACGUCUCCAACAGUUUCAGGGGUGUGGGAUGCUGAGGAGUGGAAAAUUCCCCCCAAAAUCCAAAUGCCUGCUUAGUCAGUUAGUCAGACUAGCACAACUUCUCCUCCCUCUUCUCCUUCACCUCCAACUCCUCCUCCUCCUCCUCCUCCUCCUCCUCCUCUUUCCGAAAAUGACCGUGGUAGCAGGUGAUAACAUGGACGAGACCUCGGCAGUCCCGGGACACCCUCAGGACACCUACCCUCCGGACCACAACGACCACGAAUGCUGCGAGCGGGUGGUCAUCAACAUAGCUGGUCUGAGGUUUGAAACCCAGCUGAAAACUCUCUCCCAGUUCCCAGAGACGUUGCUAGGCAACCCCAAAAAGAGAAUGCGGUACUUUGACCCACUGAGAAACGAGUACUUCUUUGACAGGAACCGCCCCAGCUUCGAUGCCAUCCUCUACUACUACCAGUCGGGCGGUCGGCUGAGGAGACCAGUGAAUGUCCCUUUGGAUAUGUUCUCUGAAGAGAUCAAAUUCUACGAGCUUGGGGUAGACGCCAUGGAGAAGUUCCGCGAGGACGAGGGUUUCAUCCGAGAGGAGGAGCGCCCUCUGCCUGACAAGGAGUUCCAGCGGCAGAUCUGGCUCCUCUUCGAGCACCCGGAGAGCUCGGGCACAGCCAGGGGAAUCGCCAUAGUGUCCGUGAUGGUGAUCUUGAUUUCCAUCGUCAUAUUUUGUUUAGAAACUCUGCCGCAGCUCAAAGACGACGGCACCAGUCGGGUCGUGGGGAACUCCACCAUUUACUACAAGCCAAAUAUCCUCACCGACCCCUUCUUCAUCAUCGAGACACUCUGUAUAAUCUGGUUCUCCUUCGAGUUGAUUGUACGCUUCCUGGCAUGUCCGAGCAAACCGGCCUUCUUCAAGAACAUGAUGAACACCAUCGACAUCGUGGCCAUCAUCCCUUACUUCAUCACCCUGGGCACCGAGCUGGCAGAGGACGAGGACGAGACCGAGGGCGUCGGGGAGCAGGCGACAUCGCUGGCCAUACUCAGGGUUAUCCGCUUGGUCAGGGUAUUUCGGAUCUUCAAGCUGUCGCGUCACUCCAAAGGACUUCAGAUUCUGGGGCAGACCCUGAAGGCCAGCAUGAGGGAGCUGGGAUUGCUCAUCUUCUUCCUGUUCAUCGGAGUCAUCUUGUUCUCCAGCGCCGUGUUCUUUGCCGAGGCCGAGGAGGAGGGCUCCCAGUUCGGCAGCAUCCCAGACGCGUUCUGGUGGGCUGUUGUGUCUAUGACAACUGUGGGCUAUGGAGACAUGGUCCCAAUCACAAUCGGAGGGAGACUGAGGGAGAAGAGCAGGCCCAGCUGCUGAACGUCAGCAACCCCCCCUCCGAAACCAACUCCAGCCGCC